AUGGCACGCUUUUUUCAAUGGAUAUGUAUUAUAGGGGUGCUCCUCUUUCGAAGGGCAAGUUGUUCCGACGAAUUCGCACCUAAAGUUUCAGCAACGAAAACCUCUGGAACUUUUCAGGUUGCUGCUUUCGAUGAUUCAACAACAUUAUUAUUAGUAAGUGAGAACAAGCUGAAGAUCUCUUGGAACAAUGGGGAAAACUGGGAGAACGCUGAACAAGUUGACCAAAAGGUCGAGUGGGUGACAGUAGAUAGUUUUUAUGCGCAUGACAGAGCUUUUGUAUCAAUAAAAAACCAAGGCAAGGUUUAUAUGACGAAUGAUCAAGGUAAGUCAUGGAGUUUGUUGGAGUUAGAUGGUGGGGAAAACAAUGAUUAUGGUACGUGUCUUGUUCAAUCUCACCCCAGAAAUCGAGACUAUAUUAUAGCGGAAUGUAGGACAUCACAUAUAGAAGAUGGUUUCCUUGUCUCGAACGAUAGCGGUAAGAAUUUCAGACUUAUUGAAACUCCUGUUGAAGGUCCAUCUCGAAGUAAUGCAAAUGUUACUAUUGAUGUGAGGUGUGAGUUUGGUGAAAUUUCUCCAGAAUCCUCUUUAUUUGAUAACGAUCCGAUUGUCUACUGUUUGACAGCCUAUUAUGAACGCAAUGAGAAGUAUGAGACAACAAAGGCUACGUCAGUUCUUUAUUAUACCGAUGAUUUUGGAAAAAGCGUCAAAAAAUUUGAGCAAUUUGAGGACAAAGCAGUUAGGGGAUUUAAGCUUUUGAAUUCAUAUCUUAUUAUAAGUAUCGCGGAUGAUAAAUUUAAUGAAGCUUCAGCCAUAAGCUACUGGAUCUCAACCGAUGGUAAAUUUUUUAACAAGGCAUAUCUGCCAACUGUCGCAAGGAAUGAUAGGAGACAUUCUGCGUACGAAGACAUGGCGGGUAGAAUUAUCUUACCCAUCUCAGCUUCAGGAGAUCAGGAUUCCGGUGCUACAAUAUUAAUCCUAAGAUCUGAUUCUACCGGGUUGAUAUUUGAGGUUGUUCCAUGGGGGUCAUUCAAGAAUGAGAGAGCAGCAUUUUUCGAACUCUCAACUACACUUCCGGGCACAAUAGUAGCUCAAAGUAGGUCUUUUUUUCGGAACCGCCGCACAAGAGAUCAGAUCGAGCCUACGAAGAUUACAGCUGAUAAUGGUUUAACUUGGCAGAAUUUAAGGGUUGUUGAUCCAGAUAUGAACGACACUUACUCGUGUGAUAUAAAUGACUUUGAAAAUUGUUUUCUGUCCCCUUUAUUUGUUGAAGGGGUUCUCCAAAAUCCAACUCCAGGUAUACUGAUGUUGCUGGGUGAGGUGACUGAUGGCGAUGUUAAGGAGCUGUCCGACAUGAUGACUUUCAUUUCCGUGGAUGGUGGUAGCACUUGGAGGUUUGCGCUUGAAUAUCCAGCUGCAUAUGCGUUUGGUGAUUACGGCAACAUCAUUGUCGCAAUUCCUUAUAAUCCCGAAGAAGAUAAUGAUCCACUUGCAGAGUUUUAUUAUUCGCUAGAUCAUGGCAGAACUUGGACAGAAUAUCAAUUAGAGGAAGAGAUUAUGGCUCUCGAAGUAAGAUCAACAACUCCAGACGGUUCAGGUUCGAAAUUUAUACUGAACGGUUUAACGCUGUCAAGGUCAGAUACUUUCACGAAUUAUAUUUACACAAUCGAUUUUUCGGAGGCAUUUGAUGGAAAGGCAUGUAGUGAUGAUGAUUUUGAAACUUGGCAAUUGGCAGGAGGUAAAUGCAUAAAUGGUGCAAAAAUUUCGAUGCAAAAGAGAAAGCAGGAUGCUUCAUGUUUGGUUAAAACGGAAUUUAAGAAUUUAGAAACUCAAAGUGAACCAUGUGAAGAAUGUACGAAUGACGACUAUGAAUGCUCUCCAGGAUUUUCAAGAAAUGAAAUCGGUGAAUGUGUACCCGAUUACAAUCUCUUGUCAUAUUCAGAGACAUGUCUGAAAUCGAAAACACAACAAACAAAACUUGACCCUAUUAAAAAGAUCAAGAAUAAUAGAUGUAAAAAAGAAUUGUCCAUCGAACCUGUAACAGUAAGCUGUAAAGAACUUUCUGAUCCAAAUGAAGGUGAGAUAAUGGUAACUGAGAAUGAAUUUACCUCUGAGCUGAAGUUUUAUGAGUAUUUUGACACUGUGGAAGAUGAAUCGCUGAUUAUGGCCACAGAUGAAGGAAUCUACAUCUCUCAUGACUCUGCUCAAAAUAUAAGAAAAUUCAACGUUGAUGAUCGAAUUAUUGAGGUUGUUUUCAAUCCUUUCUUCAAUUCAUCAGCUUAUUUGUUUGGUAAAAGUGGUUCGUUGUAUAUUACAAAUGACAGAGGAAGCUCUUUCUAUGUGACUAAACUCCCGGAGACAAAGCAACUAGGAUUUCCUUUAGAGUUCAAUGCCAAAGAAAAGAAUACCUUUAUUUACUACGGCGGCGAAGAUUGCAAUUCCAUGUUUGAUCAAAAUUGUCAUGCAGUAGCAUAUAUUACGAGGGAUGGUGGAGAGACUUUUAUUAAACUAUUGGACAAUGCGAUUCAUUGUGAAUUUGUGGGAUCGACGUUCCCAUAUCCGGUUGACGAAAAUUUAAUCAUUUGUCAGGUCAAAGAGAAACAAUCACAACAGAGAAGCUUAGUGUCAUCCAAAGAUUUUUUCCAAAACGAGAAAACUAUAGUGUUUGAGAGCAUCAUUGGGUACAUGUCAACUGGUGAUUUUCUGGUGGUUGCAAUUCCACACUCAGCAACCGAAUUGCGUGCAUAUGUCACUGUGGAUGGUAAGGAAUUUGCCGAGGCCAAAUUUCCUCAAGAAUACUUGAGUGAAGAGCAGGAAUCGUUUACUGUGCUAGGCUCUCAAACUGGUGCUAUUUUUGUACAUGUAUCCACCAGUGAUAAACCUGGAGCAGAGUACGGCGUAUUGAUGAAAUCAAACUCUAACGGUACUUCAUUUGUGGCAUUAGAAACUGCGGUGAACAGUAAUAGAUUUGGAAUGGUGGAUUUCGAAAAGGUCGAGGGUCUCGAAGGUAUAAUUCUUAUUAAUACUGUUGCAAAUCCCGAAAAAGCCGCUGAUGAGUCGGAAGGGAAGCAUUUAAAAUCAAAAAUUACCUUUAAUGAUGGUUCUGAUUGGUCAUAUUUACAACCGCCGUCAAGAGACUCCGAAGGACAAAGAUAUCCUUGUCAAAGAGACUCUAUCGAUAAAUGUUCACUUCAUCUCCAUAGUUACACCGAACGGGAAGAUUUGAGAGAUACGUUUUCUUCAGGAUCAGCCUUUGGCAUGUUAAUCGGAGUAGGUAAUGUUGGUGAAUAUUUGUUACCGGAAGACGCAUGCUCAACUUUUUUUAGUACUGACGGUGGUGAAACGUGGACUGAACUGAAAAAGGAAUCUACUCGGUGGGAAUAUGGUGAUCAUGGUGGUGUCAUCGUUCUUGUCCCCAAGAAGGUUCAGACGGAUACUAUAACCUACUCAACAGAUUCUGGGAAAACAUGGCAGGAUUUCAAAUUUACCGCAGAUAAAACAAUCGUUAAUGAUAUUAUAACUGUACCUAGGGACUCAGCUUUGAGGUUCAUAUUAGUAUCAGAGUCCACUUCUAUUAAAGGUGCAUCAACCAGGACUUUCUCAAUCAAUUUUUAUAAUGCUUUCGAUGGACAGUGUGUGUUUAGUCCUCAGGACCCCGGUAAUGAUGAUUUUGAGUACUUCUCAUUGGGAAAAACAAAAGAGCAGUGUUUAUUUGGUCACCAGACAAACUAUCUGAAAAAGAUUAGAGAUGACUGUUUUGUGGGUAAUGUACCACUGACGGAAUUCUCCCAAAUCACAGAAAAUUGUACCUGUACAAGACAAGAUUUUGAAUGUGACUAUAAUUACUAUAAGGCAAUGGAUGGAACCUGUAAACUGGUGCAAGGGUUAACUCCCGCUGAUCCAUCUGAAAUUUGUAAAAAGGAGGGUAUGGUCGAGUUUUUUAAACCAUCUGGUUACAGAAAAAUCCCGUUAUCUACCUGCCAGGGCGGAUUGAAGUUAGACGAAGUUUCAGAUCCAUACCCUUGCCCUGGAAUGGAGGAGGAGUUCAACAAAAAAUAUGGAGUAAAAGGUAGAUCUUUUUUCCUUAUUUUUAUUAUUUUGCUAGUUGUUUUUGCACUUAUUGCGUGGUUUGUUUAUGAAAGAGGAAUUAGAAGAAACGGUGGUUUUUCCAGAUUUGGUGAAAUAAGACUGAAUGAAAAUGAAUUGAUAGAGGAUACUACGACAGACAAAAUUGUUAACAAAAUUGUUAAAUCAGGGUUGUUUGCUGUAUCGGGGUUGUUUGCUGCUUAUCAAUUAGUGAAAAGAUCAUUGGGCAAUGUUUUUUCCAGAUUUGGGGAGCGCAUGAGAGGUCGAACGGGACCGAGUUAUUCUUCAUUGGUACAUGAUCAAUUUUUAGAUGAAGCUGACGAUUUGCUGGCUGGUCAUGAUGAAGAUGCUAAUGAUUUAGGUGACUUUAUGGAAAACGAAGGAAAUUUUGAGAUUGAAGAUGAUGAUGCUUUAUCAAUACCUGAUCAAAUUAAUUUGGGUAACUCUGAAGAAGCAGCUAUUGACAAUGAUCGAUCACCAAAGUGA